CAUAAGAUGAUGGAUUGGAGGGAACAGAGUAACAGAGGUUGUGUUCUUGAGACCUGUGUCAUCUUGAAAAAUGCCCUGAAUUCAGCAUUGUUUAUAUUCCUCGGGAAUAUGUUAGUGCCUGUAGGUGAGCCAUGUGAAAAAUUCUGGUCUGGUCUCUUACAAACACUCUGAACCCUAUGUCCUGAAAAAGUUACAGAAGGAUGUCAAGCCUGGCUUCCCCUCCCAGGGAAUCGUGGAAAACAUACUAUAUCAAUGCCUUGAUGUGCCACCUUGUUUCGUCCUUACACUAGGUCUGUAAAGCAAGCAUACAGUGUCCUUGGUUGCAGUUCAGUCAUUCGGCAUAAAUUUACUAAGCACAUAUUGCCUGUGAAGCACUAUGCUUCUGGGAUACUGUAGCGAAUAAUACAGAUGUGACCCCUUCUCCUUCGGCGCUUACUUUCUCAGAUAAAAAAAAAGGAGGGGGGACAUAAGUAGAUGAAAUAAUUGCCAGGGGAAUUGGGGUUAUCAUGGAAAGGUACAAGGAGUUUGAGAGAAGGAUAAAGAGAAGGGGCAGCCCAGGUUUCCACCUCUGCCUCUCCCGGGCACCCCCAGGCUCCAUUCUCUCCUCCCUCUACCCCUGCCCAGACAGCACCCACCUCCCCUUCCGCCCCCUUUUCCCUCCUUCUUUCCCUCCUCUCUCCGCUCCCUCUCUGACCUGCCGCCCCUCCCUCCGCUCCCCUGCCCUUCUGCUCGACUAAGGCCCCCGGGAGCCCUCUACCCCCACUGCAUGGCCCAACCGUCCGGGCACGCGCCCCGCCUGAGCCCGCCGCCCCUGCGCCCUCCUCCCACCCUGUGAGCCUGGCCGUUGCCAGAUGUCCACAAUGGGAAACGAGGCCAGUUACCCGGCGGAGAUGUGCGCCCACUUUGACAAUGAUGAAAUUAAAAGGCUGGGCAGGAGGUUUCGGAAGUUGGACUUGGACAAAUCAGGCUCUCUGAGCGUGGAGGAGUUCAUGUCCCUGCCGGAGCUGCGCCACAACCCGUUGGUGCGGCGAGUGAUCGACGUCUUCGACACCAACGACGAUGGAGAAGUGGACUUCAAGGAAUUCAUCCUGGGGGCCUCUCAGUUCAGCGUCAAGGGCGACGAGGAGCAGAAGUUGAGGUUUGCGUUCAGCAUUUACGACAUGGAUAAAGAUGGCUACAUUUCCAACGGGGAGCUCUUCCAGGUGCUGAAGAUGAUGGUGGGCAACAACCUGGCGGACUGGCAGCUCCAGCAGCUGGUCGACAAAACCAUCCUCAUCCUGGACAAGGAUGGCGAUGGGAAGAUAUCCUUUGAGGAAUUCAGUGCUGUGGUCAGAGACCUGGAGAUCCACAAGAAGCUGGUCCUCAUCGUGUGAACCUUUUUCUUACAAGCACCACCCAACAACUUUUGCUUUCUUCCCUACCUCUUUCAAGAUUUGCUCAAGAUGUGCAACUGUCUCUCUGACUUACCUGGAAGUAUUUCUCUUUGUGAAGCCAUAUGUCCCAACAGGAGCUUCAUCACCAGCUCAGUGCUAUUAAUUCUUCUCUGAAUGACUCAGGGUACCCUAGGAGGGGAAGAGCAAGUCAAUUGAGCAUAGUGGGGAAAGAAAAGGAAAUGCCUUUUAUAAACAUCUUUGUUUUGAUCCAAAGACCAAACUAGAACUUUGAAAGUUCAAAAAUAAGAAAAUACACAUUUUUGCUGUUAUUUCUCAUCAUUUUGUUUAUGGGAGGAAAUUUAUAAUUUGCAUGGGUGUUAGGUGAACUGUUUUCAUUCGCUUGUGUUCAGAUAUCUUGCCAGAUUGUUAACUUCCUAUUGUAGCAAUAGGGACAAAUAUAUUUAUCUUUGCUGGGCAUCUUGUAAUCACUUUUCUUGGGGGACAAAAUCCUAUCUUUUCCUUCAGCAGAUUGCAGCCCCAUUCCCCACAAUGCAUCCAGAAAUCGCUGUGCAUGUUUGAGGGGUAGGAGUUCAUUUGGCCUCCUCCUGACUCAUUGCUCCAGCUCCUGAACAGAAACUAGCUUCAGGGCUCUUAUAGGAAAUGCUAAGCCUGGACUAAGUGCCUAGCUCAGUCAUCAUCCUCACUGGCAGUGGGUUUCCAGGGUUGGCAGCCCACAUCAGCAUUAAGUUCAAUGAAGGGGACCUCCAGCUAAAUAGGGCAAGGAAAGUGUUCUCCCAGAAAGCGCUCUCACCUCGAACACUGGCCCCUACCCCCCAGAGAAUGGAGAGAAUGGGACAUUUAGUUAGUUGUCCCAUGGAGGAGAGGCAGUAAAGAUUCAGGCUGCAGUGGAAUCUCCCCCGGAUGCUGAAGUGCAUUAUGUCUGUUGCUCAGAGAUGCAGAGACAAUUGUGUCUCCACAGCAGAGGUGGAUGCUGGCUACACUAGCUAUGCUGAUUUUGAAAAUCAGAUCUGGGGCAUAGCAGAGAAGCUGAGAGCUCUCUCAUUCCGGGAAGCCUUUUCCCUAGUGGAACAUUCAGCACAGAAGUCCUCACACCCUAAUCGAUUUCCACCACUGGGAGCCUGUGGUUCCGGGGGAGAAUCAGAAUGCACGUGUCUCUUCCCACUCAUUUAUGUCAUGUUGGUAGCUUUAGAUCAGCCAUGGUGAGAAGAGAACAAAAGCUUUUAGUUGUUUUUGUUUUGUUUUGUUUUGGAGAAUCGGUUUACCAGUAAAUACAUCACUGCCUGUACGCCAAAUGUUACCAGCCCCCUGAGGUCCCACAUACUAUUGUCAGUUCUCAGAGCACAAACUGUCCUUAGAAGAGCAGGGCUAGGACUUGUCGCAGCAUCUGUGGCUCCACACCAAUCCCCUUUCUCACAGAGAACCACUUCCCAUAUAAGAUGCUUAAGGCUCUCAAAACAGCAGAACAAAUGAAACAUACUCUCCCUACACUUGCUUAGCUAAGGGAUACCACUCAGGUAACUUUUUUCAGGACAUGGAAGAUCUGUUUCAAGGAGAUUUACUGCUAUUUUAUUUGGAAGAAGCUGGCAACUGGUCUUGACCAAAAAUAGAAAAAAAAAAAAAAAAAGUUCACAAAUUUAAUCACUUGCAGGGAACCCAUCUACCAAG